GCACCAUGUCCAAGGCUCCAAGCAAAGCAAUGGGGCGGCUCCGUUUGCAUACGUAACCGGUCCCAGGCUUGAAAAUCCGUUUCCGCUUUUGCAAGACGCCUUCCACUGUGAGAAUACAUCCCCCCUCCGGACUAGAUCUGGCAUCCUGGAAGAGACAGCCAGCUUGAGCUCCCGUUCCGCACUCGCCCCGGACCAGCGGCCGCCGCCAUUGAGCUCCAGCCGGACCGAUCCGCUCUUCAGGUACGUGGUCCGAGGCACAGGAAAUCUAGAUGGGGAGUAUCAUGAAACUAUAUUACGAGUGGGAAAUCCAGGUGCUUGUGCUCCUUAGCUUCAUGCUACAGAUGUUCCUCUUCUUCGCCGGCAGCCUUCGGCGGCGUAGCGUCAACUCGUUUCUCAGGUUCUUCACUUGGAUAGCUUAUCUGGGCGCGGACUUGGUGGCAGUUUACACCCUGGGCUACCUCUCACGCCAUGAGGAUGUGACCGCUGGACUAUCUUUCUUCUGGGCACCAUUUCUUCUCAUCCAUCUUGGUGGGCAGGACACCAUUACUGCUCUCGCCAUGGAGGACAACAAGUUGUGGUUGAGGCAUUUACUGACUCUGUUUAUGCAAGUUGUCCUAGCUUUAUAUGUUUUCUGGAAGUCCAUUCACAAACAUGGCGUGGAGCUUCUAGUUUCAGAUAUCUUUGUGUUUGCUGCUGGAAUUAUCAAGUAUGGAGAAAGGGUAUGGUCUCUCAAGUGUGGGAGCUUUGAAACCCUCGAGGGUUCCACUGGAGAACAGUACAAGCAACAGGUGCCGAGUGAGGUUGCCGAGGAUCCCUAUUCUCAAAUUGUUUGUGCUGUCCUGCAUCGUAUGCCACGUGUCUUUCGAAUCUUUACAGCACGAUCAGGUGAUAGCGGUAACAUUAUCCAAGAAGCCCCAAGCAAUUGGGUGAAGCGGAUGAGGCUCGAGCUUGGCAUGAUGUACGAUGAUCUGUAUACUAAGUCCUGUGUCCUCAGAACAAGGAGUGGCAUCAUAUUGCGAUGCAUCUCUCAGGUGUCUGUUCUGGUUGCCUUUGUGCUCUUCCUCACGAGCGACAAACGGAGGUACAAUAGAGCCGACAUUGCAAUCACCUGGUCGCUCUUCGUAGGAUGCUUUUCGUUGGAAGUAUGUGCCAUGUUUACUUUGAUAAUGUCACCAUGGUCCUGGGCGUGGUUGAAGAUGCGAAGGUGCAGCAUGCUUGCAAAGUUGUCCUGGUUUCUCCUGUGCAGUGGCAUUGGAUGGCCAGAGAGGAAGCCAUAUCUAAACUCAAUUGGGCAGUACAACUUCCACAGGUGGUUGGAUGCAGGCAGCGACCAGCCAAGGUCAUACAGUCGACGAGCAAUGACCACAGUGAUCAAAAGCUUGGUGAAUUUGGUUGGUGUCAAAGAGGAUAAAAUGUUGUUCUGGAUGAGCAGGUUGUUAGACACCGAGCACGUGGAGGCAGAUAAGGAGACGAUGGAGUGUGUUGUGAAGGGAAUCACCGACUUCGAUGCUGAAAUCAACAGAGAUCCCCGGCAGUGGCCAAAACUUGGCGGCAUAGUGCAAGAGCUACAAGAUAUUCGUGAAGAUUUUGGUGGGAAGGUUGCUUUAGUGCAUUUUAUCACAGAGGCACACCUGAGAAAAUAUCCUCUUCAUCCUCCUUCGGACAUGGAGACAGACACAGGUACCAGCUGCAGUGUCUUGGUGGAAGUAUGCCGGAAACUAUCCAACUACAUGGCAUACCUUUUGGUUACCCACCCUUUGCUGUUGCCGCUUAAUGAGAGCGCCUUAUAUACGCUGGAGAAAAUGGCACACUUGUUUCCACAUCUUAUUGAUGAGCAGCAGGAUUCGGAAGGUUUCUUCAACAUCGAGCCAAGCAUGGAAACACUGCAGGAAUUGGUCGACAUAUGGACGAAGCUGCUCAUCUAUGCGGCCACCAAGUCCCGGCCAGAGCUGCACGCGGCACACUUGGCCAGAGGAGGGGAGCUUAUCACCUUCGCCUGGCUGUUCUUGAGCCACAACUUUUUGGGAGAUUCCGAGGUGAUCAAGGUGCAGCUUACCAAUGCCAAUCAAAGAGGGACAAUAGCAUACGUCUUCGGAAAUCCUGCACCAAGAUAAGAGCAUCAGUUCCAACACAAGCCCUGCAGAGUGCAAACUCCUCCGUUCUUCAUUCGAUUUGAUUUUACUCCUCUUCUGUUUGCAUCUGGCACAUCUCCCGUCGUAGAACAGUACUGAAGUUUAUACAGUAUCGCAGCUGACAUCUAGAGGUAUGUGACAUUUUUUUUGCAGUAAUGAGCAGUGCAGAAAUACCAAUCGCUGUAUUCGUUAAUAAAAACUGGUUAUGCAGAAACAGUGUCACUAUAGAAAGCACUUCCAUUGCUGUCCU